CAUAGCUGGGGAGUAGGAACUAGAUGAUCUUUAAGUCCCCUUCCUACCUAGGCCUAUCUAUGGUUCUGUGAUUCUAUGAUUCUAUGAUAAUGACAUGUUCUUCGGACCAGGUGUCUGACUCAUUUCCUUCUGGGGUGUCAUGUCACCACAAGACGAGCUUUCCAAGGCCCAAGAGAGUGUUUCAGUCCGUGGCAUGUAGCAAGGGAGAUGUUUCCACUCGUUCCCUGGUUGCCAUUGUUGUAAGCACAUGAUGCAUGUCAUGGAAGGUUUCCAAGAGUGUGAUAUAAUCCACCUGCCAGGUCUCCCCAUAUUUAUAUUUCAACCAUCGUCCUCCAUACAAAAGAGGGUUUAUACACCACUCAGAGGAGGGUGACAAAGCUGGUGAGGGGUCUGGAGCACAGGCCUCAUGAGGAGCGGCUGAGGGAACUGGGAUUGUUCAGUCUGGAGAAGAGGAGGCUCACAGGUGAUCUUAUCGCUCUCUGUGGGAUGCAACACUCAGAAAGAAAGAUAUUCCCAAACUGAUAAUGGAAGAUGUUUCCAAAAAGCACCGGGAUAAUGCUGACAGAAGAGGAAUAAGGGAAAGUUUGAAAAGGCAUUCCUGAAGCAAGAAGAGGAGAAUGCAAAACCCAAUUUCUACAUAACGCACUAAUGAAAAUCUACAGUUUACUAUUGAAGACACAGAGGAAAUACAUGGGCAAUUAGAGGUGUUUUAAUCAGAGAAGAGGAAAGGCCUGUGCACUAAUGUCAAAUGUAGAGCAUAAAGGGUGGACGGGAAUGAAGGGGAAGGUACAGCGAAUUACGAACAGGAGAAGGAGGUAAAAUCUGAAACAUGGGUGGGUGCUGUGGGGGCGGACAGCCCAUGGUGACGUCCCUGAGCAACAGGCUGUGGCAUCACCGGGCGACGGAUUGUGACUGCUUAGCUCGCACUGCUCAUACCGGGGUGCUGGCAGAGCCUGGCUCAGUCUGGCUCGUUCCUGGACCCUGCUGAGCAGCUCUGCGAGGCUUGGACGUCGAGCAAGGUUUUGGCUGUGCUUUGCCGGGUCGUGCCUGGGGCUGCUAGCAGCAUCUCAGUGCCUGAUCCCACAGCAUCGCUUCUGUUUCCCUGGCCCUGCCUAGAGCAGGCAGCUGGGGCCCUACGGAGCACACCCGCAGCAGCGGAGGUGAGUGGCGUGGGGAUGCAUGGGUCCCCUGGGGUUACAGGGAGUUACAUUCACAACUUGGUAUUGAACCUCAUCCUGAGCCUCAGUAGACAAACCCUGAAACUGCCUUUUGCUCAGCGGCCUGUGUCAUGCCUGGAAGCCCAGAUGACUGCGAGGCAAGGGCAGACCUCCCCCAGGAGACCUCCAUGCCAGCUGGGGAAGGGUCUGGAGAACAAGUCUUGUGAGGAGUGUCAGAGGGAAUGGGAGUUACUUAGCCUAGGGAAAAGGGGAGUCAGGGGAGACCCUACCGCUCUCUACAGUUGCCUCAGAGGAGGUAGUACGGAGGUGAGGAUCGGCCUGCUCUCCCACAAAACAAGUACAGGACAAGAUGAGAUGGCAUCAAGUUGCACCGGGAGAGGUUUGGGUUGGGUGUUAGGAAAGGUUUCUUUACUAAGAGGCUUGUGAAGCAUUGGAACAGUCUGCCCCCAGGGAAGUAGCCGAGUCCCCAUCCCUGAAGGAAUUUGAAGGACAUGUAGAUGUGGUCCUUGGGGACGUGGUUUAGUGGUAGCCUUGGCAGUGCUAGGUUAACGUUGGGGCUUUAUGGUCUUAGGUCUUUUCCAACCGAGAUGAGUCUACGAUGUCACUCCACAAUAGGCUGUGUCAUCACUGGGUGAUGGAUUAUGACACAGAAGUCCUCACUGCUCAUACUGGGGUGCCAGCAGGGCUUGGCUCAGUCUGGCUCGUCCCUGGACCCUGCUGAGCAGCUCUGCGAGGCUUGGAGGUCGAGCAAGGUUUUGGCUGUACUGUGCUGGGUCGUGCCUGGGGCUGCUAGCAGCAUCUCAGUGCCCGAUCCCACAGCAUCGCUCCUGUUUCCCCGGCCCUGCCUAGAGCAGGCAGCCGGGCCCCCGCAGAGCACAUCCGCAGCAGCGGAGUGCGCGACACCACCGCUGCAGCUCCGGUGAAGGAGAACAACUCGUCAUCCUCAGUUCUCCCAGCCCGCUGCAGCGAAACCAUGGCCGCAGAAGAGGCAUGGACAUGCUCCAUCUGCCGUGAUGUGCGACGGGACAUCGCAUACGCGAUUCCGUGCAAUCACGUGUUCUGCCUCGGCUGCAUCCACCGGUGGGCGAGGCUGAGAGACAGCUGCCCACUGUGCCGGAUGGCCAUGAAGACCACCCGGGUCUCUGUGCGGGGAGAAAACCAAUACGUGGAGUGCAUCGUCUCCCCGCCCGCAGUGCCAGUGCCCGCUGGCUUUGGCCCCGCCACCGGCCCCAGCAGCACUGCGGCAUCUGCUCCACCCUCUGCACCACCGUCCCCUGAGCCGGUGGCCGCGGAGCCGGAGAGAGUGGGCGGCCUCCUGCCAGAUGACUGGGCAGCACUUUUCAGGGUGAGACGUGACAUCCUCGACCCAGUGCUGCCCUGGCUGCAGCAGGAGUUAUGCCGCAACCAGGAGCUUGGCUGGUGGAAGAUCAACUGGCUGAAGAGCAUGAUCCUGGCAUUCCUGUGCCAGGUGGGGCCAGACAGGGACCUCCUGGUGCAGUGCGCAGAGCACGCCCUGGGGCCUACCACCGCACCGCUCAUCGACGCUCUCAUCGGAACCAUCGAGAGCCGGUGCAGCCAGGAGGCCCGGAGGCUGCUGGGCCUCGAAGACCCCAGCGCCUCCCUGGAGCAGGAGGACGGCCCUGAAGACCCCAGUGCCUCCCUGGAGCAGGAGGACGGCCCCGAAGACCCCAGCGCUGCCCAGGAGCUGGAGGGCAGCCUCGCGGCCCAGUCCGCUCCCGCCACCUCCCCGCCGGGGACCGUCGCCUCCGGCAGCUCCGCGGGUCCCAACGUGGAGGAGCUCCCCGGCACGUCCAGCGGGGCCCUCGGCGGGGGUGCUGGCGAGCCGGGUCCCGAGGCAGCCGGUCCCUCUGAGCAGGGCCGCAGCCGCGGCCCCUCCGCUCGCGGCCGGGGCAGGAAGCGCUCGGCUGGGGGGCCCCGGCGCCCCACAAAGAGGAGGGCCGGCAGCGCCCAGCGCGCUCCUCUGCCCUGCAAGAGGCGGCCCCCCCGGCGCCUCUAGCGGGGCUUACACUCAUUUCCAAUAAAAGAUGCAAACGCAGAAGCACGUGUUGUUCCUAAUCUCCGUCCUUCCAGACGCUUCCCUAUUCGGGCCUCCGCCUUCACGCAGCGGCGUUCACGGGGCGGGGCGUCCUCGCACCUCCCCCGCCCCAUUCACCGCUGUGUUCCGUGCCUCGCGCGUGCGCCCCUGUGCUGCCUUUCGGCUCCCCUCGCGCUGGGUAGC